CUCCUCCUGGACACCAUUUCGAAGCAUAUCAAGGAAGAGGUGAUCGGGAGUAGUCAGCCUGGAUUCCCAAGGGGAAAUUGUGCUUAACCAACCUGACGGACUUCUAUGAUGGGCUGACUGGCUAGAUAGAUGAAGGGAGAGCAGUGGAUGUUGUCUGCUGUGACUUCAGCAAAGCUUUUGGGGCUGUCUUCCAUAAUAUCCUCAUAGGCAAGCUUAGGAAGGGUGGGCUAGAUGAGUGGCCAGUGAUAUGGAUUGAGAACUGGCUGAAUCACAGAGAUCAGAUGGCUGUGAUCAGUGGCACAAAGUCUAGUUGGAGUUUAGUUCCUGUAGGUAGCGAUGUUCUCCAGAGGUGGGUGCAGGAUUGUUCAACUUACUCAUCAGUGACCUGGGUGAAGGGGCAGAGUACAUUCUCAGCAAAUCUGCUGAGGAUAUAAAACUGGGAGGAGUGGUUGAACCACCAGAGGGCUUUGCAGCCAUUCAGAAGAACCUUAACAGGCUGGAGAGGUGAACAGAGAGGAACCUCAAGCUAUUAAACAAAACCAAGCGCAGAGCACUGCAUCGUGGGAAGCGUAACACCAUGACCCAGGACAGGCUGGUGCUGACUUGCUGGAAAGCAGCCUGGAAGAAAAGGACCUGGAAGUUCUAGUGGACAACAAGGUGAUCAUGAGCCAGCUGUGUGCCCCUGUAGCCAAGAAGGCCAGUGGUAUCCUGGGAUGCAUUGAAGACCAUUGCCAGCAUGUCAAAGGAGGUAAUCCUCCACCUCUGCUCAGCACUGGUGAGGCUGCAUCUGGAGGACUGUGUCCAGUAUUGGGCUCCCCAAUACAAGAGACUCAUGGAGCUCCUGGAGCAAGUUGAACAAAGGGCUACUGAGAUGAUGAAGGGCAUGCAGCAUGUCUCCUGUGAGGGAAGGUUGUGCGAGCUGGACCUCUUUAGCCUAGAGAAGACUGAGGGAGGAUCUUACCACUGUGUGUCGUUUGUAUGCGAUGCAAACAGGGAUGAAGAUUGAUAGUAAAACCCCAGAAUGCCGUAAAUUUUUAUCCAAACUUAUGGAUCAGCUGGAAGCUAUGAAAAAGCAAUUUGGUGAUAAUGAAGCUAUUACUCAGGAAAUUGUUGGUUGUGCUCAUGUGGAGAAUUAUGCUUUGAAAAUGUUUUUGUAUGCUGACAAUGAAGACAGAGCUGGGCAGUUUCAUAAAAACAUGAUAAAGUCCUUUUAUACUGCAAGUCUUCUAAUUGAUGUGCUGACAGUUUUCGGGGAGCUCUCUGAAGAGAAUGUUCAGCACAGGAAGUAUGCCAGAUGGAAGGCAGCAUACAUUCAUAACUGCUUAAAGAAUGGAGAGACUCCUCAGCCUGGACCUAUUGGAAUGGAAGGAGAAGGCUUUGACGCUGAAAAAGAAGAAGCAAGCUCAUCUUCUCUCCAUAGUGGAACAACUCAACCAUCAUCAUCUACCUAUGAAGCAAACAACAUACCAGCUAGUAACUACACUGGCAUACAUAUACCACCAGGUGCCCAUGCCCCAGCCAACACUCCAGCUGAAGUACCUCAUAACACAGGUGUGACAAGCAACACCAUUCAGCCUGCUCCACAGAAUAUUCCUCUUUUAGAUCCUUCCCUUUACAGUGCUCAGUCUGCAGGGGAAGUCCGUUUGACUCCAGAGGACUUUGCCAGAGCUCAAAAGUAUUGCAAAUAUGCUGGCAGUGCUUUGCAAUAUGAAGAUGUGAGCACUGCUGUUCAGAAUCUACAGAAGGCCCUCAAGUUACUGAUUACAGGCAGAGAAUGAAGCCUUUGUCCAACAGAUUCACAUCGUUUGCCUAAAAAACUAACAGUUUAUUAUUGUACCUGUUGGGGGAAUGGAGUUAUAUGAAAGUUCUCAAUCCUGUUGCCCAUGACAGUGAAAUCACUGUUUCAAUGUCAGAUUGCCAAUUAAUGGUACAGUAGGUAUCUCAAACAUUUUUCAUUUUCUACUCAGUGGAGCUAGAAAUAAGUGGAUGCAGUGGAUUGUUAUAUGCAAAAUAUGGAAGAAGGUACUGCAAGUGCUGCUCAAGAGUUGGAAUUCAUGUUGCAGUAUUUAGACUACUGAUGGGGGAAGAUGCUGAAUCUGUAAAACCAUGAACAGAUGAGUGUUCUGUUAAAAUUCUCAGUCUGGUUUUCAAACAAAUAUUUAAUAAGUAUGAUAACUUUAUAAUGGUAACUAAGAUUAGGACUUUUCUUCUGAAUUGAGAGCUUGUGAGAGGGCUGAGAGAUCCACAAUGGGAAGGAUUUCUUUCAGUAUGUAAAUAAUUUUAGUAUCAUCUGAGAUCCAAGCCAAAGUUGAGGAAGACUUUGUGAGGGUAUUUGUAUUUUGUUUUAAAAUAUGCUGGAAAACCAUCUCUUGAUACUUCAGACAGUCAUUUUGAUGGUAUUCUGAUUCUAUCCCCCACAGCUUUAUGGGCUGCAGUAUGUGGUCUUGAUAUUGGUUCUUUCUCCUUUUGCAUGAACACUUAAUUUUGUGUAUGUAUGAGUAGUUAAGAGAAAGUACUAAUAUUAAUCAGAGAUGAGCCUGAAACUAGAACACAGAGAUUCUAAAAAACAUGAACUUUAAGGGAGAUUUACUUCAUAGCUGUUCCAUCUCUUUAGUAGGCUGAAUCAUAGACCAGUUUUACAACAAUUAUUGCAGUCAGUCUCUGGUAUUAGUGUCAUAGAGUGUGAUAUUUCCAGCUAGUAUUCUUCUGUCUGCUUUGUUGUGGAGACUUUGUGGACUACAGAAUUAAUUAAAAUGUCUUGGAAUUUGAAUUUCAGGUCUUUAUAAGGUCUGUCCUUGCAAUUAUAGAGCUCUUGAUUGUUAAAAAUCCAUCAAUGCUGUUUUUUUAAUAAAUAGUCUUUUAACUAGUAUGAACUAAUGAGUACACCCCCAAAGCAUUUCUGAUUUAUGUAAUAUAUUUUAAUGUUGAUUAUCUGGUAUGUUUUUCUUUCCAAGUUGCCUAAUGAGGUGUAUGUAUCCUUUAUAGCUGCACUGUUUUCCAGAGUCUAAAAUAGAGCUGAUAUUUAAAGCAAAAAGAGGAGGGAAAGAAAACCAAACAAACAUAAGGAUGCAUUAAAUUUAACUAGUCAUAUCCUGUUAAGAAGGCAGAAUCUAUAUAACAAGAAGUUUGAAAAGGGUAGUCUGAAAUUUAUUAAUGUAUUCUAAAGCAUUUAGCUGAGCAAGAUUUAAUAGAUAAAACAGGUCUAGUAUUUUUUUUGUUAUAUGCUGUGGGAUGGUAUGCUAACUUGGAUAAUAAUUUGGAUUAGAAUUGCAUUGGUUUGGGAAGUUAAGAAUUUUAAAUGCUUUGGACAGUAAUGCCCUAUAAACCUGGGCAGUGAGCCUGUGUUUGGUACAGUGCUUCAUGCAAGUUAAAUCCUUCAGUUAGCUUCAGUAUCAAACUGAAAUACUGUAAAUGCUUCGAUUUAUGCUGUUGUGGGUUUAUGCGGUGAUUUGAAGAGCUGCUCUUCAUGUAAGAGGAGGAUGGGGGACUUUCAUCCAUGUAGAAAUAUAUAUUGCAUUACUGUAACAAUCAUGACUGCCUUUCAUUUGAUCAUACAGCUAUUUAUAAACAUUGAUUUCAGUCCCCAACAUCUGAAGGAAGAAGAUCAGUUUCCUUGUUUCUAUUUAAAAAAUAAUUAAAAGAACUUAUAGGCUUUUGUAUUACACAAAAAAUAAGCAAGAUGUGUUGUAACACCAUGUUAAUUGGAAGCUUUUCAAUUACAACUGAUUUUUUUCUUAGUGAUAAAAUGAUGUGAUAAAUAACUAAGAAGGUUGCAAGUAUUUCUUAAAAAGCAUAACAGAUUGUCUGUUGAUCAUGUUUAUGUUGGACCUUUGGAAAACCAGAGGAUCAUCAGUGAAAAAGCCAUAAACAAGUGAACACUUACAAAUUUGUAACUUUCCUGUAUCUAGAAAAAAUAAAACUGUCACUAAAUGGAGUGGAGAUGACAAUUCUCCAUGGAUAAGCCAUCUGGAUGUUCUUUGUUAAAAAAUGAAUUUUGGGAGGAGAAUUUGCUAUAUAAAAUUCUUACGAAUUCUGGAGAAUUAAAGAUACCUUAAUGCUAACCUCCAUACCACAGUAUCUGAAUUAGCAUAUUGAAGAAUUUUAUUUUACUUAAAAUUACUUUUUCCUGAUCAUAUUCUUUAAUUAGUAGUUUUGUAAAGCAGUUCACAAUACCAUGUUUAAAGCCAGCUAUUUAAGCUGCUGAUAUUUGAUGCAACGUAAUUCCUUAGGUUUUCUGUGGAUGCUGAAAGUUUGUGCCGUUCUGACUUUGCUUAGAGUUCUGGGUUACAUAGUUUAUUUGUUGCAGUUGAUUCAACUUUGAGAAAAGACCCAGGGUUUAUAGUAAUGUGCUCUGUGAAUAAACACUUUCCUUUUGAACAUUUAUCAUCUAA